AUGGACCAAGAUGCCCCAGCUAAGCCCAGAGAACAAAAGGUCUCGGGCCAGAGAACCAGGUGGAAAACACUUCUCCUCAUACUCAGCCUGCUGCAUGGUUCGUCCAUGACCCCUCCACACAGACGACCCCAUUCCAGAGGGCUACAAGCUGGCCCUCCCUCUUCCAGGACCCAUCUCUUCACUGCGGACGCACACACAGCUUCCACACCCCCUUGCUACUGGAAGAACUCCCUUACAGAUGCAAAUGCAUUAAGAGGCCCACGACUGGUGUCUGGAGAGACUGGGGGAGCCGUCACCAUCCGCUGCCAUUAUGCCCCCUCCUCAGUCAACAGGCAUCAAAGAAAAUACUGGUGCCGCCUGAGCCCUCUGUUGUGGAUUUGCUACACCAUCGUGUCCACCAACCACUACACUCACCAUGACUACAGAGGGCGCGUGACCCUCACUGACUUUCCACAGAGCGGGUUUUUCAUGGUGAAGCUGUUGCAACUAUCCCUGAAUGACACGGGGCUUUACCGCUGUGGUAUCGGGGACCGAAAUGACAUGCUGUUCUUCAGGACGGAUCUGAUUGUGGCUGCAGGUCCUUCCAACACCACCUAUGCAGCAUCUUCAACUUCUGGUGAGCUCAUCACAACAUCUCCUAGGAUAGCUGCAGCAGCCAACAGAGGGACCCCGGGAGUCACCCAGAUUCUAGAAGGCCAAGGCUCAGAACAGGACAGAACAGCUCUAACUACAAGAGUAAGCAAAACUACAGCUCCAGCCAAUGGAAGACAAAUCCCAAGAACAGCCAAGACAACGGUUCCAGGGACAAGCAGCAGAGAGGAAGGCUCUAUCAAGGCAACAGUCCCCACUCCAGAGAGUCCAACUUCAAAAUCAAGAAGCAUGUUCAGUACAACACAGGGUGUUUGGACAUGGAGCACCAGAAACUCAGCAGCAACUAGAGCUAGUACCAGUAAGGGCCGGGAGAAAGGUACAGCUCCAGAGGCUGAUGGGCCGCAGGGAGAAACAGAGGUCAGCACACCUCCAGAAGCACUCAGGAAGACCACAGGAACCACCAGACCAUCAGCGCUCAUCUCAGAGCGUGUCACUUGGGAAACUCUCCAAGAAGCAAGGGAAACCUCUAAGCAGGAAACGCUGUACUCUGUGGAGGAAUCAUCCCCAGCUCCAAAUGCCUGGACGUUGAAUACUUCACAUACGCAAAUGGCAUCUGGAAGCAUUGAUUGGCGCCUAGAAAACACUGGCGGAGAAAGUAGCCCCCAAACACCAAGCCAGCUUUCAUCAGGGGGCGUUGUGUGGACCCCUGGCAAGGAGUCAUCCAUGAAGAGUGCUCUUACAGGAGAGAGCAGCCCUUGGAUCCUGACUCCAGUCUCCACUCUGCUGCCUCUGGUUCUGCUCGCACCUCUGGUCCUAUUGAAAAGGAGACUCUGGAGACAGAGGACCUCUCCGGGGGCAGAAAGGCCACCAAGGAUCACCCUAAUUCAGAUGACACAUUUCCUACCAGGCGAGCAACCUGAUGUGGGAAAGAACUUGCCCCAGGAUGACCUUCCUCCUGCCCCAGCCGGCCUGUCUGUCAUGGAGAAGGACCCAGAACCCUGAGGAUAAAAACAGCUCAGUCACCAUGGAAGGAGGACCAAGACCAGAUCUCUCCAGGAUUAUUCAUCCCCUCCUCGCCUUUACCCACAGGAAGACUAGCUAACUGAGCUCAGCCUCCAUCUGGGGACACUUGGGGGCAGGCGGGGCUACCAACU